AUGGAUGGUACAAUACUCAAUACUGAGGACAUUUAUACAGAAGCUGCUUCGGAGCUUUUAAGACAGUAUGGUAAGGGUCCUAUGACAUGGGAUGUUAAGAUCAAGUUACAAGGAAGACCGGGGUUAGAAGCGACCAAGAUAAUGAUUGAGGAAUACGAUUUGCCCUUAACUGCUCAAGAAUUUGCCAAUAAGGCAAUGGCUAUCCAAGCAGAUAAAUGGCACAAGGCUAGAUUUUUACCCGGGGCAUUAGAGUUGUUACAGUAUCUAUAUGAAAAUGGUGUGCCCAUAGCUUUAGGGACCAGUUCCAACACUAUUAAUUUUGAGCGCAAAACAAAACACCUUCAGCAUGGAUUUGAAUAUUUUCAAGGCCAUAUAGUUACUGGAGACGAUGAAAGGAUUCCCGAGGGAAGGGGCAAACCUCAUCCGGAUAUCUGGUUUGCAUGUUUAGACAGUUUAAACAAUGAGAGGAAAUUGAAGGGCCAGGAGCAGUUGACGAUUGAGCAAUGUCUCAUAUUUGAAGAUGGAAUUCCCGGAGUAGUUUCGGGUAUUGCUGCCCACGCUCAUGUUAUAUGGAUCCCAGAUCCAAACGCCUUGACGGUGCUUGCAGGUGAAGAGUACGAGAUUAUUGGAGAAAAUGGAGAAAUUAUACAAAGUUUAGAACAUUUUGAUAGAGACAAAUACUACUUAUAG